AUUUGCUUAAAUAAGAAUUGUUUGCUUCUCGUGUUACAGAAGCACAGGAAAAUGCUGACGAAUACAGCAACGAGGUGGAGCAACUACGCGGUACAGUGGCCAGAAAUGAAGAAGAGAAGCAAAGAUUGGAGGCAGAACUCCUGCAGAUUAAGGAGAUGCUACAGCGUGAGGUAGCUCGAGCAGACGCUGAAAGCCGCAGAAGCAAUGUCAUUAUAGCCGAAUACAAACAGAUCUGUCAACGUUUGGAGGACGAUUACAAUGCUGCGAAGACAACGUUGAGCGAGCUACGGGCGAAGGUUUCAAAAUGCGAGAAAUGUAGGACGUGUAUAAUGGAUUCGUCGAACAUACUGGCGGAUAUCGCACAUCCUUUGGAGAACCGAAUAGAUCCCAUGCUUCACAGGGUGCAGGAAAGGGUGCGCGAAUUGGAAUUAGAGUUGGCGCAGACGAAAUUGGCACACGUCGAGGCCGAGUGCCGGAAUCAGGAUCUGACGCAUCAGUUGCAUGCCACCGCUUCUGAGCUGCAAGCCGCGCGGAACAGUUGGCCGUGGCUCAGCAAAACCUUGUCUAGCAUAAAGGAAGCGGCGAACAAGAGGGAAGCGAUGACUCCAACCGCGCUGAGAGAUCUGAGACGCGACAGCGCACCUGGGGGCGAUCUGCACCAUCUGAUACAUUCUCGUAGCCGUGAAACGCGGGACAGUCUCAAGGAAGUUGUGUGAUGCAGCAGAAUGCCAUUAGGAGGAGGAGAAUACGUACAUCUCGGAGUCAUGUGCCGGGCACGAAUGUGUAAACAUGAUAUAUGUUCGUAGUUACAUAUAAUGUACGAUUUGAUCUGUUAACUCGAUGUAUUCUUCGUCACACUCCCCAUUCGUAUCGCACAUUAAGUGCUUUUGGGCAUCAGGCAGCCUUAUUUACAUGACAGCUGAUAUUACAUUGAAAAUCUUCGUUAUGAUCCUGUUACAUUUGUUAAAACUAGAUUCGUUUCUGUGAUUUCUUUUUUUUUUUUUUCGACACCACAAGUAUAAACGCUUAUGUUAACGCUAUUUUUUAUGUUAAUUUCUUUUUCUUCCUUUCAUUCGGCGUAUACAAUAUAUACGCAGCGUAAACGCAAUGCUGUGCUUGAUAUAAAAAUUUACGUAAUACCACGCGGGUUACUAACGAUAAACAAUCUAUCGAAAAAUAGAUUGUUACGUUCGCAAAUACGAUAAAUUAUUUACAAUAAUAGGAAAUAAAAGUAAGUACAUAUGCCGCGUUUUGUAUGAAACUAGUCUAAGUAUGAAAGGGAGAAAAUGCUAUAGAGACUUCUAUCUGUACAUACAGUAAUUUUCGAGUAACAAUAGUCAUGACAAUUCUGCUGGACAAACGCGCGAUUACGGAGAAAUCAGAAUUUACAUUGUAAAAGAGGCAAUUAUACUCAUAAUUUUCGUUUACUUUUCUAUUGAUUGAUUUUCUAUUAUCUAAUUUUAUCUGGACUAACGUAACAUUCCAAAAUAGUGUGAAUGCGUUUUCUUCCACGUGUCUUUAUUAUUAAGUCCGCUACUCUGCAAUAAUUUCAACUCAACUGGCGUAAUUGAUAAUUAUAUACGUAUGUAUAGUUUUGACAAUUCUACUGACACAAUAUUCCAAUAAUUCUACUAACUCACAUAUAGCGUUAGGUUUGAUAUCAAAAGCUUUCACUAUCUUAGUUUUAUAUGUACUUUUGUCACUGAUAAACACGCGAACUGUAUAUUUUAAUUUCCUUUUACACCAUGAGACAUUAAUCAUAAAAAUAUAGCAGAAUAGAUUGUGUAAAUUACACGGUAGGUGUAAGGAGAUAUUUAUACCUAAUCCCGUUUAGUUACACAAUUUGCACUUUGUUUUGAUAAAAUUUGUAGUAAGACAAACGUUACUAAAAAGCCAUAGAUUAUGGUAUUAAGGCACUACUUAAAAAUGCAAUUCCAUUGAUGUGUAAUUUUGUCUAGUAUUAUAAGUGUUUCAACAAUAAAUUUGCUAUAUACUUGUAGCACAUUCUUGACUAUCAAACUUAGCUUCGUAAGUCGUGACAUUUACUUAUAUAUGUAUGCUAUAUUUAUUUAUAUAGAUUUAAAAGAAAGAAUUAAAAGAUCACAACCAUUAUGCGAAAAACAUUAAAACUGAAUAUAUAUAUAUAUAUAUAUAUAUAUAUGUAUAUCACAAUUACAUAUAUUAUAUAUAUGGAGGGGUAAAAACCACAGUGAUGUAAGUCAAACAUUUAAAAAAAUUUGACACAUUACUGUGGUUUUUACCUCUCCAUGUAUGAAGUUACAAGCAUACUUGUGCUAUUAAGUUGUGAUGAUGAAAUUUAUUGAAAGAAUCGAUACAUGUUUUUUAUUUCAUUUCUUUAUUAAAUUUAAUUUAUUAAAAUUAUUAAAGAGUAAUAUGUACACGAUUUCAAGCAAAGUUUAUGGUCACGUUUGACUUAUGCUCUAGCGAAUAACCGCUUGUAUUGGAAAAUGGAAGACUUUAUUUCUGUAAAUACUAAAACCAACAGUCGAAAUUGUCUAACUAACAGAAUCAAGUAAAGUCUUAGGCUAACUACGUAUAAAACAUUGUAUACCCUGUAAUUUCAUUCCACCGAAAUAAAGAAAGAUAUCACGUUUCCAUGUAAAAUAUUUAAUAUUAAGAAGCUCAUAACUUUUAUGCCAUAUAAUGUGUACAUGUUUAUCUGUAUUAGGAUAAAAUAUAUUGAGAAUAUUA